ACACUGCACUGACUGCCGAUGGCAGACCGUGAGUGCAGUAGAGUCGUCGUAUGGUUUGAACACAUGCCUUAAUUUCAUACGGAAUCGUCGCCGGAGAAGGUUAGGCGCCUGGAUCUGGAUCUAGACGGACGCCUCGGCGAGUGAGGCAUCACACUGCAGGUUAUAUAUAGCAUCCGAGGGAGGCGGUGCUCAUCACGGAUCAGCUUUUCGUUUGAGAAAUUCCCCGACCAACUCGUCAUUCCUUGCCUGGCUAGAGAGAGAGAGGAUGGCGCUUGCUCCCCGGUCGUCUCUUAGCUCGCUGGUGCUGCUCAUGUCGCACGGGAAGCCCCAGCUGAGCGCUUUCUUCUCCUCCGCCGCCACCACCGCCUCGCCGGUUGCUACUGCCGUGAAGCCUCCAGCAGCUCCAGCCGGUGGUAGUCCGGCCAUCGACCCUCCAGCCGCUGCAGCUUCGUCGUCUGGGUCUGGCUCGACUCACAGUGCCCCUCUCGAAUGCCCAAGCAGAACAUUUGGACAUGUUGAACCUGAACCUGAAUCUGAGGGUUCAUGUCACACGCUUGGACAUGAAACUGACAAGAUUUCGCCUGGCGCCACCAAGGAUCAGGAGGGCCCAAUAUCCGAGGGCUCAUGCGGCACGCCUCAGCCUGUAUCGGACGAUCCUCAGCCUGGACCUCGCAAAGACCCGAGGCACGGAGUUCCUGAAGACCCGUAGGGCCUGUGCGAUGCUGGAGAAGUUGAGAUUUUUCUUGUGUUCAUCAUGUCCAGAAUUAUCCCUUAAUUGUAUUGGGUCCCACACACCAUGUAUUCCCAAAUUUAUUGAUGUUGAUACUUUAGCUCAA